AUGGAUGACCAUAAAACCACAAUUAUUGCUCGACAUGAUCAUGAUUCACUUGAUCCUGAAAUUUUAGAAUCAAUAAGAAAAUGUUUUUUCAACGCAAUAGAUUGUGGUCUAAAAAAGAAGCAAAUCUGCGAAACUCUAGAACAACACUUAAAUUCCAUAGAAAUAACCACUCAUUAUUUAUACUGCACUUUGGAACUGAACGCAUCCUCGUCUUCAUCCAAUCCAGAAAACCUUGUCUUACUAGGAUUUUUAUACGAGAAAGGACGCUCAAGUCAUUGGUUAAACAACGAGGCAUUUGCUUACCAAAAAUAUCGAGAAUCUGCGGACACAGGCAACUCAUAUGGCCAAUACUUUGUCGGCGUAUGUUUCAAGAAAGGAAUCGGGAUAAACAUAGAUUGGCAAAAGGCAUACGAGUUUUUCAACGUGUCUGCUCGACAACGAAAUCCGGCUGCUUGCUAUAAAUUGGGGUCGGGAUAUGAUCGUGUGCAAGUGCCAAAGCAGAAAAAGAAUUGUCGGUUAAAGGCGUUUUUGUUGUAUAUUGAAGCGGCAAAUGCGGGUCAUGUUAUGGCGAAAAUUCUUACGGGGCUUUGCUGUGAAUUGAAUUGGGGAGUUGAGAGGGAUAUUCAUCAGGCGAUUAGAUGGCUGUUGCAAGCAAACAAUGACCAACCGUUGGUAGUUAAAAAUGCUUUACUGCGUAUAUUUCAUCCUCAAGUUCCAUUGAUCUACUACUGA